AUGGUUUUUUUCGAUAGUUCGCUACUAAAUCUGGUGGCUUAUGGCAUUAUAAUUUCUACAACAUUUUAUCUCUACCUAAGAUAUCGCUAUACAUUUUGGCAACGUCAAGGAUGCCCUGUCCCGUUAAAACCUCACAUUAUAUAUGGGCAUACUAAGGAGGUAACUAAAAUGAAAACAUGGGUUGGCGAACAUUAUGCUAACAUAUAUUACAAUACUGGUGGAUACAAGUUUGUUGGGUUCUAUCAGUUCCAAAAGCCGAAGCUAAUGCUUCGAGAUUUAAAUAUUAUUAAAGACGUGUUUACAAAAGAAUUUUCAACGUUUCCCAACCGCGGAAUAGUAUUCGACGACAAGCUGGAACCGCUAACUGGUAAUUUAUUAACACUGGAAGGCCAUAGAUGGAAAGUCUUAAGAAAUAAAUUGACACCAGCAUUUACUAUUGGAAAAAUAAAGAACAUGAUUGAUCUCAUAGACGGUCGAGCUCAAGAAAUGGUCAGGGUUCUGGAGGAAUCAGCAGUGAUCGGUGAACAAGUAGAAUUUAAAGAAUUAUUAGCACGAUUUUCAACCGAUGUCAUUAGUAUUGUGGCGUUUGGAUUCGAAACCAAUUCGUUGGCAAAUCCUGAUGCAGAAUUUCGGAGAGUUGGUCGAAUGCUAUUUUCCACUAGUCUCGAAACUAUCAUUAGAAAUGCGCUGAAUGCGCUGGCUCCAAGUUUAAUUGGCUUACUAAAAGUACGAAGUGUCAAAAAAGAAUAUGCCGAUUUUUUCUAUAAUGUAGUAAAUGAUACAGUCAAAUAUAGGGAAGAGAACGGUAUACAACGAAAUGACUUUCUGGACUUACUAAUGAAAAUUAAACGAGGCCAAAAUUUAGCUUCUGAGGAAGACAGUAAAUCAAUAUUUGACGAGAAUGACCAAAAAGAAGAUUUUAAAUUUAGUAUGGACGUUUUGGCGGCACAAUGUUUUGUAUGGUUUAUUGGAGGCUAUGAAACUUCAUCGGUUACUUUAACAUUCACAUUUUUUGAACUUGCCCAGAACCUGGACGUACAGAUGAGAGCUCAAGAUGAAAUUGAUUCAGUGCUUAGUAAAUACGAUGGGAAAUUAACUUAUGAAAUAUUGCAAGAAAUGCCUUAUUUAGAUAUGAUUGUAUCUGAAGCUUUGCGGAAGUAUCCACCAGUGCCUAAUUUGACCAGGAAGGCAGUAAAACCGUACAAGUUACCCAACUCAGAUUUCACCCUUGCUAAAGGGCUCCAGGUGGUCAUACCAGUGUAUGGUAUCCACAACGAUCCAGAAUAUUGGCCAGAACCGGAAAAAUUCAUUCCGGAAAGAUUUACAGAGGAAGAAAAGCGCAAUAGACCACAAUAUGCAUACCUGCCAUUUGGCGCUGGUCCUAGAUUAUGCAUUGGUAUGCGAUUUGGAAUGAUGCAAAUAAAAGUGGCACUGUUUAGAAUAUUAUCAACUUAUAACAUUUCAUUGUCCAAAAGUAUGAAAUUGCCGAUAAAAAUGAAUCCAAAAACUAUACCAGCAAACCCUGAUGGUGGUAUGUUUCUUCAUAUUACAAAGAGAAAAAACUAA